UCAGAGUUUCUCGUAAACAGUGGAUGUGCUGAUUUAGCGUAGCUCGUCUUUAUCGCAUUGGUGUUGUGUAGUACAAACAAAAAAAACCAAACACGAAAAACAAAAAAACUCAAAUUGUUUGCAAACCAAAUAAAAACAUAUUUUUUAUUAACAAAUCUGGCCAAAAUUGGAAAAGUCUCAUAAAAAAAACCCAAAUGAUAAUUGAUUUGUGAUCAUUAGAUCGAGUUUGCAAUAAAUAAAACGUAAUAAAACCUUAUUAAGAGGGGAAAAAUUUAGAAUUUUAAUGUGAAAUUUUUGGUCACCUUUUUCUUCUUACGAAAUUGUGGUCAUUCAUUUGGUGGUACACUUAUUUAUAAAAAAGGAGUCUCAUCCCAUCCGCAUUUGUGAAUUCCUCAGAUACACACAUUCGUCGCAAAAGUGGAUACUUGAACUUUGGAAUCUAAAGAGAAUUAUUUAUCAUUUGGUUCAAGUAUAGCGGCGUUUUUUGUUAAAUCUCUAGCAGCUGAGAUUUGCCAAAGAAGAUCGGCCAUACACCACAUACGUAUUCGUACCCAACUCCAAAGCCCCCAUUUUUCUAAGCUGAUUAAGCAACAGAAGAACAGUAGAAGAAAUAUAGUUCACACAAAAUUUAUCUCUUUUAGCAGAACGGAAAUAAUAGUGCCACAGUGCCAGAAAACAAAAACAACAUACACCAAAUACAAGCCAUAAGGAAAGAAAACUAAAAAAAAAAGUUUUUGUUAAAGCAAAGUCAUUAAGUGAUUUGAAGCUUUUGUGAUUUUUAGAGGUUUUUAUUGUUGUCUUGUUCUUUUUUUUUUGUUGUUUUGCACCAAAAUAUUAACAACAACCUCAAAACCUGAAAACAAUAAAACCUUAAGCCCCAUUAGCUAAUAUUCCGUUUACCGCAAAAGGUAUUGUUUUUGUUCUUUUGCUAAGAGUGUGUGAAAUGCUAAAGAACCCUCGGUCCCAUUCGACAUCAUCAUAAUGACAACGUUUAAAUUAACCGAAGUGAAAGCUGACAUAUUCCAUGUUCCCCAAUCCUAUUCAUUGGCCUUUACCAGCACCACAGAUUUCUAUGCCGAACGAGGGACUUUGGGCUGGAAGGUGGGCCUGAUCUUUGGCCAGUACGAUGAACUCAGCCGUCAAUACAUAACCUGCGGCAAUGUGGCCGUCCUGGAGGAUCAUGCCCGCUUCAUAUACCUGCUGGUAACCAAAGAAACCAUGUACUACAAGAGCACCUAUGGUGAUGUGGAAGCAGCAUUGAUAUGCCUGAGACAUCACAUGCAAAAUCAUGGGGUCUAUAAAGUGGCCAUGCCCCGCAUAUGCUGUGGCAGUGAUGGACUGCAGUGGGCCCAAAUCAAGCAAAUGAUUUUAAGAAUAUUUGCCAAUGAAUACAAUACCGAAAUAAUGGUUUGUAAUUAUCAACCACCAAAGAUUACCACACCCAAAUGUCGUUUCGUCGAACAACGUGGCCACAAUGUUAAGACCACAGAAAACUGUUCAGUUGUCCAUACGAUAAGUGCCGAUUUUGCCAUGUGCAGCGGCAUUGGUGUUCAGUUUAAUUGCAAAAAUAAUCGCGCCACUGAACAACUCAGGCAGGACAAACAUACGGGAAAUGUGGCCGUAUUAAAAGAUCAACAUCGUUAUGUUUAUAAUUUAGUGACCAAAGAACGGAAUCAUGAGCGCGGCACCUAUGUGGCAUUGUUCUAUGCUCUAAUUGCUACACGAGAUCAUAUGCGCAAGCAUGGUGUCACCAAACUGGCAAUACCCCGUUUGGGCUGUGGCAUUGACCGUUUGGAUUGGUUGCGUGUCAAGGACAUACUUGAAAUGGUAUUUGCCGAGGAUGAUGUGGAGAUCAAAACAUUUGCUCAUGAGCCCAUGGUCUCCAUGGCCAGUCGUGAGUCAUUGCAUGUCCAUUGUAUGUCAUGUAAGCGAGCCUUCUGACAAAGGGCCAAAAAAGAGCAGAAGGGUCAAGGAACAUCCCAAAAACCAAAAUAAUGCGUUGUUAAAGCUUUAAAUGUAUUACAAAAAAAAUUCAAAAAAAAAAAAUUAUUUAAAAAUGCUUAGAAAUCUCACUAUGAUAUCGUAGAACAUAUCGUCAUCAUUGCCAUCAUCUGGCUGAUGGAAAGAAUAAAAAUAUGUGAGUGGUCAUAAAUCUCUUUUGGAAUCAAAGCUCAUUUUUGGUCAUGCCGGCUUGUGGUCAUGUGUUUCGCGACUUGAAUGGAAAGAUGAAUGAAUUGCUGGUUCUUCACAAUUCGCGUUCAGAUUUAUGUAAAGAAAUUUCUAUUUAAAAAUAAAUAAUUCGACGAAAACAUCGCUCAUAGUGGCGAUGAACAGAUUUUGAUUAUAUUAAACAUUGGGGGAGCAUGGCAUGACCACUGCGUUGGUGAUGAUGAUGAUGAUGGCGAUAAUGAUGAUGAUACUUUUUGGUCAUGUCAAAUGAUGUCAUAAUUUUUUGUUUUGUGUUUUUUUUUUUUACUUUUCGCACCUGUAACAAGUUUUAUUUUUAAAUUGUAAUUAACUUAUAUACAAAAAAAAAAAAAAAAAAAAACACAGAGGGUAUAUCUCCUCUCUUCCAUAUAAAAAAGCACUUCAUAUGUAUGGUUGUUUGUAUUGUGUAUUUAUUUUUUGAACAAAUAAAAUGAAUGAACAUUU